CCGGCAAGGGAGGGGUGCGUGUGUGUGUCGGGGGUGAUCUCACAAAGCUGCCCCGGGCUCUGGAGGUGGGGGUGAUCUCACAAAGCCGUCGGGGGGCUGAGGAGGUUGCCAGGCGGCUAACCUCGGCGGCCAGGCGCCGCGGGCGAUGGGCUGCACGGAAUCCAGUGAGACGGUUUCCAUCGACGCGGACGAGGAAGCGGAACCCACCGCCAAGCCGGGGGCUCCCACCACCAAGCCGGGGGCUCCCACCGCCAGGAAGAAAGUUAAGAAGAAAUCUAAAAGAAGGAGCAAGCAGCCGUCUGUGAGAUCUACAGAAUCGGAGACUGGGCCAGAUCAGGCAGACAGCACCACAAUCCAUGUGAUUUGGAGGCGCAUUUCUGUCUUUGGGGGCCGGCGCGAUUCCACAAGGAGUAACAACAGUGGGGAGUCGGAUAAAGCCGGGCCUAGCCCAAAGCCCCCCUCUGGUCCUUAGGUCACGGGAGCAAACCCAAUGAGCACCAGGUUAUGAGCCUCCAUGACUACGAGGAAACGCCACGGCUCUAGGAACACCGAACAGGGCGUCUACCUGGGGCCUUCCCAGACCCAAGUCCUGCCCCCGGUCGCUGCCAACUCCAGCUGCACCCCAGCAGUGCCCCCACCUCCCCAGCUGGACACCAUGUCGUGUCAGGAUCGCACCCAGGAGUUCCUCUCCGCCUGCAAGUCGUUGCAGAGCAGACAGAAUGGGCUUCAGCUGAACAAGCCAGCCCUGAGUGCCGUGCGGCAAAGGAGCGAAUUCAUGGUCAUGGCCAAGCGCAUUGGGAAAGACCUCAGCAACACAUUUGCCAAGCUGGAGAAGCUCACCAUCUUGGCCAAGCGGAAAUCCCUCUUUGAUGACAAGGCAGUGGAGAUUGAGGAGCUGACCUACAUCAUCAAGCAGGACAUCAACAGCCUGAACAAACAAAUAGCACAGCUGCAGGAGUUUGUGAAGGCCAAAGGCAGCCAGAGUGGCCGGCACGUGCAGACUCACUCAAACACAGUGGUGGUGUCACUGCAGUCCAAGCUAGCCUCCAUGUCCAACGAUUUCAAGUCUGUCCUGGAGGUGCGAACCGAGAACCUGAAGCAGCAGAAGAGUCGGCGAGAACAGUUCUCCCGUGCGCCCGUGUCCGCCAUGCCGCUCUCCGCGAGCAACUUGGGCGGCUCUGCUGUGCUUCAGGAUGACCCCCGGCGUUCAGGGGAUGUGGCAAUUGAUAUGGACAACCGGACCAGUCAGCAGCUGCAACUCCUCAAUGAGCAGGACUCAUACAUCCAGAGCCGGGCCGACACCAUGCAGAACAUUGAGUCCACGAUAGUCGAGCUGGGCUCCAUAUUCCAGCAGCUGGCACACAUGGUCAAAGAGCAGGAGGAAACCAUCCAGAGAAUUGAUGCCAACGUGGAAGACGCUCAGCUUAACGUGGAAGCAGCACACACCGAGAUCUUGAAGUACUUCCAGUCGGUCACCUCCAACCGCUGGCUGAUGGUCAAGAUCUUCCUCAUCCUCGUCGUCUUCUUCAUCAUCUUUGUGGUGUUCCUGGCCUGAUGGCGGAGGUGGCUUGAGCACCCAGCCCCAUCUCCGCUCUCGCUGCACCCAGAGCCGCCUUGGACGCUGGACUCUCUCCUGCUCGCCGCUCCGUCUCUCUCUGCAGCCAGCACGGGGCAGAGUCCCCCGCCUUGUGCCUGGCGCCGAAGGGCGGCUCUUGGCCUGGAGUGGGGCCACCCUGACUGGAGUGCACUCGCAUUUGGACUAGCUGUGAAGGGCUCAGCCCCCGACCCCUCCCCAAAUGGGACACCAGCCAGCGGUGUGCUUAGAGGGACCAGCAUCGCUCCUCCCUCCUCUUCCUCCUUCUAUAUUUGCCCUCCUGUAGGGACUCGAAAAAGCUAAUAGAACCCCGACUUGCUUUUUA